CCCAAAUCCUGCCCAUAGCUACCAAAAAGCCCUCAAGUUUAUUUUAACUUUACACUUUGACACACCUAGGCUAUACGUAGGGAGACGAGAGACGUUGAGAAAGGGCCACAGGUUUGCACGCGUUCUUCAGAAUUGCCAGCAUGUGGUCUUCAAAUAGCGACAGGCUGAGCUGGUACCAAAGAUACUUAUCAGGGAUAAAAGCCCACCAUGAUAUGAAGGCCACUGAUAUACAGAAAUGUGAAGACACACUCUUUACGAUUCUCGACAGGGUCCAGCAGCAGGACUACAGGUUCCAGGUGGACUACUCGAGGGAGCAUGCUUGCUUUGAUUACACCAUCAGAACACAGCUUGAUGAGUUGGAUAUGGAGGUGUCUCUCUGGUUCAACGAUCCGACCUUGCGGGUUGAAGAGAGCUGCGACACCCACUAUGUCGUGGAUGGAAUCAGCCAUCAAACCGCCUCGAAGAAAGGGUUGGCUUACCUGACUGUCCCUAAGGAGAGUGAAAGCAGAUGGACCGGGAGUGACAUUUUCCACCCACUUCCAGAGUCAUCCCAGUGCAGUGGGCACCUCGUCCCCGGCAGGGUCAUAAACGUUCUGAAGGAGCUUCUUAAAGGAGCCAUUGUUUACUGUCAACAGAACUUUCUUAUUAACCCAGGAGAAGUGAAUGCUUCCUUGCUAAAUUUCGAUGGCCCCCGGUUAACACUGGUUCUCAGAAAUCUGACAAAGCCCUUACGAGUUAACAUCAUUCCAGUACUACGGAAAGCCACAGAAAAGUUGCUUGAAAGUGGAUUUCGGAAUGAGAAAAGCUUUCUAGAGACAACGAGCCAAGCAACACCCGAGAACCUUGACAUCAGCAAUGGAACUUACUACCGUUGGAGAUAUUGUUUUGAACGACCGAUGUGGAAGUUACUGGAGAAAGCAGAUGCUGAUGGGGGUCAUCGCAUGGACAGCCUGUGCCUCCUGGACAGAAUUAAAACUGACCACUGGCUGCCGGGGGAACACAAGCGAGGACUCACAUUUAACAUGCUUAAAAUGGUAUUACUGUGGGCCAUGAAGUUUUUCCCAGCUCCAGAAGACUGGAUCGACCUGGAAUCAUCGGUUUAUCGGAUGGUAGUGGUGCUGCUCCGGUGUCUCGCCCUCCAGAACCUGCCCAACUACUUCAUGCAUGAGAUCAACCUGUUCCAGGAAAAUUUUCAGGCUCAGUUCGACUUCCAAACCAUUUACAAGAAGGUGCAAGGAUUUGCUGACACCCCUGAGAAAUUCCUGCAAAUACAUCUGACCCACCUCCUGCCUGUCCCACGCCAGCACAUUGACAGUUACCUGAAGAUGCUUCUGCAAAUCCAGGACAAUGAGGGCCUUUACUGGAACACGGCCUAUUUUGAUAUCAUCCUAAACAAGUUUCAGGUUUAUCAUGUCCUGGAUGCUGAUAGAAUUGGGGCCAUGCAACUUAUGUGGGCCAAGACUACCAAACUAGUGACCGAUGAAGGAUGCUCAUCAUAAACCAUAAUGAAAAGGAAAACAUCUCUACAUCGUCUGCAGAAUAGACCAAACAUCCACAUCAACUGUAGAUUUGAUCACAAUAUCAAUUUAAUGCCAGCUGUGAACUGGAUCACCACCUUGUGUUCAGACCAAUUACAGACUGGAUCACAAUGUCAUGUGAACAUCAACUGCAGACUGGAUGACAACCCUAUAUCCACAUCAAUGUAGACCGGAUCAAAAACUCAUCAAUUGUAGACAGCUUCACAAUCCUGUGUCUACAUCAAGUCCAGAUUGGAUCACAACCUCAUGUCCACAUCACCUGUAGGUUCGAUCGCUAAACAACAGUCUUUCAAGCCUGAGAAGAAGAGUAAAGAGACAGGAUAUCCAACAGGACAGCACAAGUUAACCAGAUAAUUCCAGACUAAUUUCCUGUUGGUGAGAAUUGUUCUCUAUUACUUCAUUCAGAGGUUUUGUAAUCGUGAAAGAUUUCUAGCAACAACCUGUGACUUGACCUCCAGCUAAUUUCAUACAACAUUUCCAUGUACUCACUCAACACAAAGCUUUCCUUAUGCACAUCCAUGGCUUGCAAAACCUAGGAGCUAAUUAUAUUUUAAACCUGCUCAAAUUAGAACAUAUAUUGAACUUCACAGACAGACAUCAGCAAUUUGGAGGAACUGACACAAUACCAUGACUAGAUAAGUAAUCUGAUGUCCUGGAAAUACUGACUGAAGUCCCAAUGCACCAGUUGACAGAAUUUGAUUUCAGUGGAUAAAAUUGGAGUAUAAAGCUAAUCUUGAUAAUGGUGACCAUGAAACUAUUUUUGAGUGUUGUAAAAACUAAUGUCCCUUUAUGGAAGGAUAUGUCCCAUACUGACCAGUGACUCCAGAUCUACAGUAAUAUGGUUGACUCUUAACUGCCCUUUGAAAUGGAUGACAAGCCACUAAAUUCAAAGGCAAUUAGGGAUGAGCAACCAAUGCUGGCCUUGUCAGAGACACCCGUAUCCAAUAAAUAAAUAAAGAUCAAAAACAUAGUAUGAGGCAGGUGUGGAUCAGUUCUUGUACAUGUACAGUUGCUGUCACUGAGAAAUACAAGCCAUGUGGUUUCAGAUAGAAAAGAAUUGUUCAGUUUACAUCUUACGUGUUGCAUUUGUAUAAAAAUUGUCAUCAAGACACACAUAGCUGUUCAACAGGAGAAUGUAAUGAAUGUUUCCUUUAGCUGGUAUGAAAUGCCCGUGUACAGUUGUCAGUGUGACAUAUACCACCUGGAGGGAGUGGAUCAUUCUAUUUCAUUUUGCCAUGAUCUAAUUUCGAUUUCUAAAUCACGAUUGAAUCCAUUUUGCUAUCGCCUCAGAGCCAUGUACAGGAUAUUUGGAUGAGGAGAGCUGUUCUGAUUCAGAAUCUUUUGGCUGAAACUGUGAAGCAUUUCCCUCACAAGCAUCACAAUCACUCUCUGUAAGAUCAAACCUGGGCUCACUUCCCUACGCAAGACUCCAUAUUCCCCAAUUACUGUGAUGUCCAUGAAGGUUAUAUGAAGAAACCCAUCCAAGGGGCUAUCCCAUCAUUCAGUGUCACAGAUUUAAAAUUCAAUGCAACAACUGGUUUCUGGCCUUUGAUUUGUGAGCAUCUCAGCAGGCUGAUGGCUUCCGAGUAAUUCCCAGUGCAGAAGGCCCACUACCUUUGAUUAUUUCCCAUUUCAGCAAGUCUGUUGUCUUGGCAAGUAAUUAUCUCAGUAAGCCCAUUGUCUCAAAGUGGUACUAGUAUCAACAGGCCCUUAGUCCUCUAGGAAGCAGCUGGCAUAGUGGUAUCGCAUGACCACCCACAGAAGGGUAUGAGUGGGUGGUGGGCUAAGAACCGUCAGAGAGAGUCUGAUGGCAGACAAGGGAAAUUGUCCUCCUCAAAUGACGUUUCACUGCACAAUUGGGCGAAGUGAAGUAUCAGUGGGUGGGGGGUUGGCUGCAUUGGUCAAAUAUCCCAGCAGAUUCCUAUUAUGGACCAUAAUUUUGGCGAUGGAGGCUGCAGAGGGGAGCAGAGAAUGGUUGGGGGCGGGAGUGGGCAUGGGAUUUUCUGCUUCACAAGUUACAUCUGCAAGAUGGUGAGUGGCAUUGACCAACCAGUUAAAGGAUUCAAUGAAAUAUGAAGAGUUUACUGAUGGGAAAGAGUGAAGAAUUAUAUCUGCCAUUGGGUGAUGCUGUAUUAAGUAACGGUACUGAAAGGGUUCAUGGUGAAAGCUUCAAUAAGCUCCACCCAAUCUGUUGAUGACAAAGGUCUCAGGUGGGGAAAGGCAGGACAUCUCAAGAUCUUGAAAAGGACAAACCUGUUAUUGUAGGUCUCUUCAUUGUCUUAGGAACACUAUUUAUCUCACUGGUGUAACUUGUGUCUGAUUGUUAUUGUGCAAUAAACUGCAUCAUGUUUAA